AUGGGAAACCACACAAAAGUGACAGUGUUUAUCCUAGCAGGUUUGACUGAUGACCCACAAUUGAAAGUUGUAUUAUUUAUCUUCCUGCUUCUCACCUACUUGCUAAGCAUCGUUGGCAACUUAACCAUCAUCACACUCACCCUGGUGGACACUCACCUCAAGACCCCCAUGUAUUUUUUCCUUCGGAAUUUUUCAUUCUUAGAAAUUUCCUAUACUACUACAUGCAUUCCUAAAUUGGUGGCUAUUAUGGCAACUGGUAACAAAACCAUUUCCUAUAACAGUUGUGUUGCUCAAGUGUUUUUUGCCUUCCUUCUUGGAGCAUCAGAGUUUUACCUGCUGGCAGCUAUGUCCUACGACCGCUGUGUUGUCUGUGAGCCCCUGCAUUACACCACCAUCAAGAACACCAAGAUCUGCAUGCAGCUCGUCCUCAGCUGUUGGUUUGCUGGUUUUUUUGUCAUCUUUCCACCACUCAUCUUAGGCCUAGACCUUGACUUCUGCGCCUCCAUCAUUGUCGAUCAUCUCUACUGUGACGCUUCUCCCCUCCUGCAUAUCUCCUGCUCAGACACACAGCUUCUGGAGAUGAUGGCAUUCAUCUCAGCUGUGGUAACACUCGUGGUCACGUUGGUAAUGGUGAUAAUAUCCUAUACCUAUAUUGCCUUGACCAUUCUAAGAAUCCCUUCAACUAGUCAGAGGAGAAAGGCUUUUUCAACAUGUUCUUCUCACAUGAUUGUGAUAUCCCUUUCUUAUGGCAGCUGCAUCUUCAUGUAUGUUAAACCAUCCGUCAAACAAAGAAUAUCUCUUUCCAAGGGAAUUGCGGUGCUCAAUACCUCCAUUGCUCCACUUCUGAAUCCUUUCAUCUACACCUUACGGAACCAAAAAGUGAAAAAAGCAUUUAUGAAUACGGUGCACAGGGUUGUUCCUUUCUCAAAUAAAUGA